AUGUUUGGCAAAUUAAUUCCCAUUUUUGUUAUCUUACUACUGGACAUUUGUCUUGUCUCUGCCAAGGAACUAUUGGUGGUAACGGUGGCAACAAAGGAGACAGAUGGAUUCAGACGAUUCAUGAACUCUGCUAAAAAAUAUGACCUGCCAGUUUUGGUUGUUGGUAUGGGUGAAGAGUGGGAUGGAGGAGAUGUGGCCAGAUUUGCUGGUGGUGGGCACAAAUUGAAUUUACUCAAAGAUGCUCUGGCCAAAUAUGCUGACCGAGAAGAUCUUGUCCUUCUGUAUACUGACAGUUAUGAUGUGGUCUUCACAAAUGGUACUACUGAUAUUAUGAUAAAAUACGACAAUUUUAAUGCUCGAGUUGUCUUUUCUGCUGAGGGAUUCUGCUGGCCAGAUCACACGCUUUCUAAAGAAUAUCCAACAGUUGGUGCCACUGAAAAAAGAUUCCUGAAUUCUGGAGGUUACAUCGGAGUAGCCAAAGAUAUUGUUGAAAUACUCAACCACAGAAAGGUUGACAACAGGGAUGAUGACCAGCUUUAUUUUACGAAAAUAUUCUUGGACAAGGCACUCCGUUUGAAAUGGGAUAUUCGCUUGGACACAAAAUCUCUGAUUUUCCAGAAUUUGAAUGGUGCUUUAGGUGAGGUGAUGCUUAAGUUUAAAGGUGACCGCAGUUUUAUGUACAAUGUUAAAACAAGGCAGGUGUCAUCACUUGUUCAUGGAAAUGGUCCAAUCAAGCCUGAGUUUAACCGCAUUGCCAAUUACCUUGCUGAUGGCUGGACAAAGUCUUCUGGAUGUCUUUCUUGUAACAAGAAUGUCCUUUCACUGGCUGACACAAAGCUGCCAGAUUAUCCCAAUGUGAUGAUUGCAAUCUUUGUCGAGAGCAGUGUUCCAUUUAUAGAAGAAUUCUUUGAAAAAGUCUAUCGUAUGAACUAUCCCACUUCCAACAUUGAUUUGUUCAUUCACAACUCUAUUUUGAUUUUUUUCUUUUCCUUUAUUUUCUUUUUCCCUUUAUUUUCUUUUUCCCUUUAUUUUCUUUUUCCCUUUAUUUUCUUUUUCCCUUUAUUUUCUUUUCCUUUUUCAAAGAGAAAUGAGUUUUUAUUUAGCAGUUGA